UUUGAGUUUUGACGCAAUUUAGAGGUUGGAAUAAAUUGACAACACUGCACUUGACACAAGUCAACAACAAAAACAACAACACAAUAAUUUUGAAAAAAAAAAACAAAAGAUGACUAAAUUAAUGGAAUGGCUUUUUGGUGGGGCACUUUUUCUUGGUCCCUGGACAGCAAUUGUAACUGGAACAGUAUCAUCAUCAUUAACUUCACAGUAUCAUGAAAUAAUAUUAUAUCUUCCAAUUGUUUUAUUAUUUUUAUUUGCUAUUUGGGCAGCAACUGUUGUUCUUUAUAGAACUUUUACCUUCAACAAUUGUGAAGAAGCAGCUGAAAGCCUUAAAUUGGAAAUUAAACAAGCACAAGCUGAACUUAGAAUCAAAGGAAUAUUACCAAGAGAUCCAAAAGGAUCAGAUCUCAUGUAAAUAUCAACAAAAUCCAAAAAAUAACAAAAUUAUAAUCCAUCAAUAAUUUGUUGUUUAUUAUUUAUUUAUCAAUCAAUUGUUUUUUUUUUUAAUUUAACAGUAUAUCAUAGAUUAUAUACUGUCUUUUUAUAUUGAUUUUUUAAUGUAUAUUUAUAUCAAAUUGCUGUCAAGUCUUGCCAAGAUGUGUUGAUUAAAAAAAAUAGCAUCAAAUUUACAAAUUGUCAGUGUCUUAAGCAAGUUGAUCCAUUUUAUAUCAGUUGUCCAAUUAAUACUUUUAAAUUGC